CAACACUAAUGAUCGUAGAUUUCACUAUAGAGAGUAUUUACCGAAAAAUUCAAUAUUUUCGUAGGGGCAUGUAAGUAAAAUAGUUUUCUUGUGAUUGGGGUUUAAUAGAUUAUCUCCAAAGAAAAUCGAUUUUGUGAGAGUGAGAGGGACAAAAAAAAUAAUUUUUGAGAAGUUAGUAGGGCAUUUAAGAAUAAAAUCCAGUUUGAACCAUUCCUCGUCGCCGACGACCCAAGAACGCCGUUCGUUUAGAUUAGUGUCGUGUUUCACUGUCUCGAUCGAUUGAGAACCAUUACUCGUCGGCCAUGUCGUGGUCGAAGGCAUGCAGAGGGACUCGGAUUCCUUCACAUUUACACAACAUUCAUCGAACAUCGCUGCCUAAAAGGACUGUGCCUAUUGCUCCAUGCUCUCGUUAUUACACCCAUGGAGCUUAUAAAGGCAAUCAGCAUAGUCUCAGAAGCAAGAUUGGGCUUUGGGGAAGCCCAUCUUCGUUAUUCUCUUUGAAUUCCCAUUCAUCGAUGAUACAUGGUGGUGCUCAUCGCGAGUAUUCUACUCACUCAAUAACAGAAACCAAAUCAAAGAAAAUGCUUUAUUACCUAACUGCCGUUGUCUUUGGCAUGGUGGGGCUAACUUACGCGGCUGUUCCAUUGUAUAGAACGUUCUGCCAAGCUACUGGUUAUGGAGGUACUGUUCAACGCAAAGAGACUGUUGAGGAGAAGAUUGCUAGGCAUUCAGAAUCUGGUACCGUCACUGAAAGGGAGAUUGUGGUUCAGUUCAAUGCUGAUGUUGCAGAUGGGAUGCAGUGGAAGUUCACUCCAACUCAAAGAGAGGUGAGAGUAAAGCCAGGAGAAAGCGUGCUCGCCUUUUACACUGCUGAAAACAAAAGUUCAGCUUCAAUAACCGGAAUCUCCACAUAUAAUGUCACUCCCAUGAAGGCAGGAGUUUAUUUCAACAAGAUACAGUGUUUUUGCUAUGAGGAGCAGCGACUUCUUCCAGGAGAAAAGAUUGACGUGCCGGUGCUCUUCUACAUUGAUCCGGAGUUUGAGACUGAUCCAAGAAUGGACGGAAUCAACAACCUGAUACUGUCUUACACUUUCUUCAAAGUGUCUGAGGAAACGAACAGCUCUGUUCCAGUUCAAGAAACCAGUUAAAGUGUCUAUUUAUUUAAGAGCAACUAUGUUAUGACACACUCUUAUGAAAGAAGGAAAGUCUCCCUUAGUAUUAAUAAAAGGAAUUGCAGUAGUGUUGGUAAACUGAAUUUGCUUGAAACUCGUAGUUUUGUUUCUGUUGAGUUUAAUAAAAGGUACAUUUGAUA